AUGAAGAAGAUCGCGCUGAAAUCAACCAAAUGGCGCGACUUCAUCCCUCCUAGGGACUGUGCACGAAGCCUCGAGCUUGCGCGAUCGGAUACGUAUCAAUGGGCUGAACAUCGAUGCGCUGAGCCAUGGAUCAGUAAUUGGCGGAAGACGUGGCAACGCCUACAUGGAGAACCAUACAAGGGCAUCACGACCGAUGGACAUUUGAUCCCCAAUGUACACCAUCUGGCAGGGACCAGUGAAGAUCACGGCGCACCGACCAAGCAGAUGGUACAAGCAGCGACGAGGCUGAUCUCAAUAGCAAGUCCAGAGCAGCGUCAGGCUCUACAAAUCAUCGAUGUUGAUGCCCCGGAAUGGCGCGCGUGGGUGAAUCCAGAGAUUUACGUCUCUCGUCACGGCAUCCGCUUAGAAGAGUCAUCAGAUGCGUUCGUUGCGGCGGUACACGACUUGAUGCGCGCCAGCUUGUCCGAGGCCGGCUACUACAAGGCGUACGGCUGCAUGAAAGUCAAUCACUAUCUCGGCGAAGUGGUCAAUGGCCAAAAGGUGCUCAACUUGGGCUCGUACAACAUUACUAUUUUUGGAACGCCGUCAGAGACAGAGCCUUGGGGAUGGCAGGUCUUUGGCCAUCAUUUUGCCAUGAACUGCCUCGUCCUCAAGACCCAGAUGGUAGUGACGCCCGUCUUCAUGGGUGCGGAGCCCAAUGUCAUCGACGACGGACCGUACGCUGGGACCGAGCUCUUUACCGAUCAGGAACAAACUGCACUCAUCCUCAUAAAUUCGAUCGCGACCCAAGACGAUAAGGAAGCGAUUGACCGAGUCCGAAUCUACAAAGAGCUUUCAGGACCGGAAUAUCCAGAAUGGCGUUACCAUCCCGCCGACCAGCGCCACCUAGGCGGUGCUUUCCAGGAUAAUCGCAUCAUCCCCUAUGAAGGCGUUAAGGUCACUGCCCUAUCGCUAUCACAACAAGACCUAAUCCGCCGCCUGAUCAUACUUGGCGUUAACUACCUUCCAGACGGCGCUCUCGCGGCUAAGAUGAGGGAGGUCCAGGCCUGGUGGGCCGAAACCUAUUUUUGCUGGAUCGGGGCUUUUACGCGUGAGGACGGCUUCUACUACAAGGUCCACUCGCCUGUGAUCAUGGUCGAAUUUGAUCACCAUUCUGGAGUCUUUCUAAAUAAUGCCCUACCCCUGCCGUUUCAUAUCCACACCUUGGUGCGAACACCACAGGGGAACGACUAUGGAAAGGAACUACUUAGGCAAUAUCGGAAAUCUAAGUCAUAG